AUGAAACGAGUACCUCUGCCCAUCCUUGUGGCCUCGCUCCUGCUGGUCUCCGGGUCCUCCCUUGGAGCCGGUCGAGUUCCGGACUUCGACGGCAACGCAGAGAGCGGUUUGAGCCUCCGGCUGCGACGUCUACUCUUGGGAGAGGAUCGAGCCCCCCGGUCGCCCCUGGCUCCCCCGCUGCCUGCCCCCGGUCACGACGAGGCGCUGGCGGCGCGAUCCCUGGUCCGGGCGGGUCCGCCGGGGGAGCUGCGCCGCCGCCUGAGGGAGCUGAGCGAGCGCCUGAAGCGCCAGCAGCCGGUGGUCCCCAUGGACCCGACCUUCCGCAUCCUGCUCCUGAUGCUCGAGAUCGCCCGGGCUGAGAGCCAGCGGGAGCAGGCAGAACAGAACCGCCUCAUCUUCGACUCCGUGGGCAAGUGACGCCGGCCAGGCAAGCAAGUGGCGGAGUCCCCUCCCGGCUGCCCCCCGCCCCGUCUGCCCCCAGCAGCAGCAGCAGCAGCAAGAGGAGAGGAUCGCCCCCACCCGGACAGCGCACUUGCUUGGCUCCGGCACGUCCCCAGGGAGUCGCUCCAGGCAAGUACGCUGCCGCUCGGGGAACGAGAGCCCGAGGCACCGGCGUCGGUCCAGGAUCGAUUCUGGUACAAAGGAGACAGCUUCCAGGAGCAUGCAGAAGAGGAAACCGCCCAGCCUACAGUCUCCUGAGUGUCCUUAAGAAACUUACAUGAUUUUUAAACUAAAAGAACCUAACCAACAUAGAUCUACCUAACUGAAUAAAAAGACAUAUACCUUUAAUCAUAAAAUAAAAAUCUGUUUUAUUUUUAUUUUGUGGCUUACAACUCCUCUG